AUGGGGGAGCCUGAAUUCAAAUACAUCGGCAACAUGCACGGCAACGAGGCCGUGGGCCGGGAGCUGCUCAUCCUGCUGGCCCAGCACCUGUGCAACGAGUACCAGAGGGGCAACGAGACCAUCGUGAACCUGAUCCACAGCACCCGCAUCCACAUCAUGCCCUCCCUGAACCCCGACGGCUUCGAGAAGGCGGCGUCGCAGCCUGGUGAGCUCAAGGACUGGUUUGUGGGUCGGAGCAAUGCCCAGGGAAUAGACCUGAACCGGAACUUUCCAGACCUGGACAGGAUAGUUUACGUGAAUGAGAAAGAAGGUGGCCCGAACAAUCAUCUGCUGAAAAAUAUGAAGAAAAUCGUGGACGAAAACCCAAAGGGUUCGUUCCAGAAGCUGAGCCUACAGUGGGCUGGUGGCAGGGAGGGCUGCCCGGGCGAGGGGCCGGCAGGACCCGGUAGCGCCCACGAGUACAGCUCCUGUCCCGACGACGCCGUCUUCCAAAGCCUGGCCCGGGCGUACUCGGCCUUCAACCCGGUCAUGUCCGACCCCAGCCGGCCGCCCUGUCGCAAGAACGACGACGACAGCAGCUUCGUGGACGGAACCACCAACGGGGGCGCUUGGUACAGUGUGCCCGGCGGCAUGCAGGACUUCAACUACCUCAGCAGCAACUGUUUCGAGAUCACCGUGGAGCUCAGCUGCGAGAAGUUCCCGCCUGAAGAGACGCUGAAGAGCUUCUGGGAGGAUAACAGAGACUCGCUGAUUAGCUACCUGGCGCAGAUACACCGCGGAGUGAAAGGGUUUGUCCGCGACCUUCAGGGGAACCCCAUCGCCAACGCGACCAUCUCCGUGGAAGGAAUAGACCACGACGUGACAUCCGCAAAGGACGGCGACUACUGGAGACUGCUUGUUCCUGGGAAUUACAAGGUCACGGCCUCCGCCCCAGGCUACCUGGCGAUAACGAAGAAAGUGGCAGUUCCUUACAGCCCCGCGGUUUCGGUUGAUUUUGAACUGGAGUCGUUUUCUGAAAGGAAAGAAGAGGAGAAGGAAGAGUUGAUGGAAUGGUGGAAAAUGAUGUCGGAAACUUUGAAUUUCUAA